CCUGUUUCCGAUAAUAAAUAUGGGAUUACGAUCAUGAACACAGUUAUGAACACAGUUAUGAACACAGUUAUGAACACAGUUAUAAACACAGUUAUAAACACAGUUAUAAACACAGUUAUGAACACAAUUAUAAACACA